AUGUCGUUGCUCGGAUCCAUCUUUGGCGACGAUUCCAAGUCCAAAAAAGACAAGGGAGAGCUUUCCAAUUUAUUUCAAAACAAAGCUGAAUUGCCUGACCGCCCAAACCAUGAACCUGUUUCAACCAUCAAUGCAAAACGCAAAUUGAAUGAUGGCGUCGAACCCGAAUCGAAAAGGAAGAGAAAGCCUCGCAAGAAGGAUAAGGACCAAAUCGAAGGUACUGAUGGCGAUGGCGAGACCACUGAAAAAGAUGGCACCAAAGCAGCUGAUGGGAAGGAGGAAAUGGAGGACGAAGAAACUGAAAAGAACAAGGAUAGGACAAUCUUUGUCGGAAAUCUACCUCUUGCCACUACUACUCGCAAGUCAUUGAGUGCGCUAUUCAAAGAUUGCGGGCCUAUUGCUAGCACCAGAAUACGGUCGAUUCCUGUCAAGGGAAUCAAACUGCCACAAGAACGUGCUGGUGACCAAAAUCUUAUGAGAAAGGUUUGCGCCAAUACCAACCAGGUCGAUGAAACUCUCAAGGAUACCGUCACGGGCUAUGUUGUAUUCAAGACAAUCGAAUCUGUAGAAAAGGCGCUUGAAAUCAACAAUAAAAAAAUUGGAGGCCGGCGCAUUCGAGUCGAUAGAGCAUCCCCAACCAUUGAUCCUUCACGUAGUGUGUUCAUUGGCAACCUGCCAUAUGGUGCCGAAGAGUCUUCGUUGCAAGAUCACUUUGUUAAGGGAUGUGCCCUAGAUAUGGGUGAUGUGGUUGCUGCGCGAAUCAUUAGAGACAAGGACACUCAUCAAUGUAAAGGGUUUGGCUACGUCUUGUUCCGAGAAAAGAACAUGAUUCCAGCUGCUUUAAAGUUACAUGACACUGUCUACAUGAAAAAGCAGCUGCGAGUCCUAGUUUGUGGAAAGCGAUUGAAGGGAAGGAAGGGCGAACCGACCAUCGCAAACAAAAAGAAGGCAGAAGAGAAGGAGAAGGUGACAGUGGGAGCUUUCAGAAGACUACUUUCAAAGCAGCAAAAGGAAGCUUCCGAGAUCAACAAGCGAAAGCGCGGACAAAAGAAAGCAGGAGUAGUGAACAAGGGAACCGGCGUUAGUAAACGUGCAGCUUUAGAGAAGAAAGUUGACAAGCGAGUCAAGAAACUACAAAAACGCGCAUCAAAGGGCAUGGGUAAAGCAAAACGCUAG